UGCUUAUGUAAGGCCAAAGAAGACCAGGUUCCAAAGUUACUCUUGUGGCAGCAAUAGUUCACUUCAACUUCUUCACCAGAAAUGAAUGAGAAUUCCCUUGUUUUUGUCUUCCUCUUAUGAAAGAAAACUCCUGAUUUUGUGUUUACCGAAAGACAAGCCCUUCCUUUUAGUGAGAGCGCCGGCAACAAGAAAGGAAGAAAGAAACAAAGGAGUGUUUGGAAAGGAAGAAAAAAAUAAAAAGAAAGAACAGGAAGACAAGUAUCUAGAACUAUAUCAAUCUUCUGAUCCCUUUCGAAUGUCAAAUAUUACAGGUGAUGAAGGGAGUUUCUCUUCAGGAAAUACUGGGGAUCAGGAAGUUCAUCAGGAAAAGCACCUUCCACAAAACUUCCAAGGCUCAAGCUCAGGACCCUCCGGUAUCUCUAACAGCAAUAGCUCUAUCUCCCAACAGAAACAACCACAGCCACUUAAGAAGAAAAGGAAUCUUCCGGGAACUCCAGAUCCAAAUGCUGAAGUUAUUGCUCUAUCACCAACAACACUAAUGGCAACAAACAGGUUUGUAUGUGAGAUUUGCAAUAAAGGGUUCCAGAGGGACCAAAACCUUCAGUUGCACCGAAGAGGUCAUAAUCUUCCAUGGAAGCUCAAGCAAAGAACGAGCACCGAGAUCAGGAAACGGGUCUACAUAUGCCCUGAGCCCACAUGCGUCCACAACAACCCUUCUCGUGCACUAGGAGACCUUACAGGCAUUAAAAAACACUACAGCCGGAAACAUGGAGAAAAGAAAUGGAAAUGUGACAAGUGCUCAAAGAAAUAUGCCGUGCAAUCGGAUUGGAAGGCUCAUCAAAAGAGCUGUGGUACUAGGGAAUACAAAUGUGAUUGUGGAACUAUCUUUUCCAGGAGAGAUAGUUUUAUCACCCACCGGGCCUUCUGUGAUGCAUUAGCGGAAGAAAACAACAAAGUAAACCAGGAACUGAUGAAUAAUGUUGGAUCAAACUUUCAGACACAAAUGCAGGAGCUUAUGUCAUCCAUGCCCAUGAAUACGACCACCAAUACAUCCAUUGGAACAUCCGAAUUCAACAAGUUAGACCCCAAGAACCCCCUUAACUCCCUCCCUCAAGAACCAGUCCCAAUGCCUUUCAAACCUAUGAACAUGACAGGAGGCAUGUUCUCAACCAGCUCCGGUACUCUCUUUGGUGGUCCAAGAACCUCCUCUUCAUCAAGCCUUCAGCUCAGUUCCAACAGCUCCUCUGGCUUGAAUUACCUACACGACAGCAAAAAUGGUUGCCAAAUAUCCGGGUCUGCUCACAUGUCAGCAACAGCUUUAUUACAGAAAGCAGCCCAAAUGGGUGCCACUGCAAGCAACACUACAAACUCUGCCAUGAUCCAAAAGAGCUUUGUUAGUAGCAUGGCUGGUCCUGACCAGCUUUCUUCGAUUAGACCACCAUACACAGGUAACGUUCAGCAGCUUAACUCCUCAUAUGAUCACUUCCGACCACAGCCUAAUCAUCAAUCAAACACGGCUGGGAUAAAUGGCAGUGAAUUCACCAAUCAGCUUUCGCAGAGAGGCCCUCGUCAAGAUAUCUCACAGAUUUUUGAUACUAUUGGUGGCUCUACAAUACAAAAUAUGUUGUUUAGCCAAAUGCUCAUGGGAGGUGAUCAAAACCAAGGCUUCAUCAAGAACACGGAACAAGAGGAAAGUGGUAGUUCUAGUUUGAUACAUGGGAGAACUAAGGUGGUUCCAGAUAGGAACACGACAGUGCCGUCAAGCUCUGGAGGAAGUGCGGCACAAAAUAGUAUGACACUUGAUCUAAUCUUGGGGAUUGGAGGGUCAAGGCCUGUAAGUUGGCAAGAACAGCAGCAGCAGCAGCGGCAACAACAAAGGUUGGAAUUGGAGGCAAUGAUCGAGCCAGCCAAGGUUGCCAAUUACGAUACCUUUCCAGCAAUAGAUCCCACUUGGGGAUUCAGGGAUUGAAGUUGUCAUUUGGUAUAUAUGUUUGGAGAUUUCUGUAUGAGUGGAGCCCUGAUUAGAGGAAAAACAUAUAGUGGGUUUCGAUCUUUCACAUUUUGAUUGGCCAUGAGCCGUAGUAAUCUAAGGGCACGUAAUGGGUUAUGAUUUGGCUAUACCCAACUCAGCCAUCGUCACACAUGAGCCUCAGUACUCUUGAACUCUGUGUGGCUCUCCAGCACGUACGAUCCGACUAGAUGGCUCUAUUUUUCUUGUAUCUUGAUUAAUAUGCUUGUUUAUGAUCAGGCUUCAAAAAGAAAAAAGAAAACAUGAAUUCCAUCGUUACAACUUAA